AUGCAUCUUCGCGACAACGCAUUGAGAGCUGCUGUAGUGGCAGCUCUGGCCAUAACAGUCAGCGCAUCGUUAGGCGAUCGCUUGCCAGACUUCAAAGAGUGCAUCAAGACAUGUACGGCGACUAACUGCGUACCCGGCGGUCCCUCGAUCUCCCUCCAGCACCGCCUCCUCCUAUGGGACUGCCCUUCGGAAUGCGACUACUCCUGUCAACACGUCGUCACCGACAAGCGCCUCGCCCGUGACCCCCCGUACCGCGAACCAAUCCUCCAAUUCCACGGCAAAUGGCCCUUCUACCGGUUCCUAGGCAUGCAAGAACCCUUCUCUGUGAUCUUCUCCCUGCUCAAUUUUCUCGCUCAUGAUCAUGGCAUGAAAGUCAUCCGAGAAAAGAUACCUGCGAGCUACCCUCUGAGGAGAUUCUAUCUGGGCUUUGGAUACUUUGGCCUUGCGAGCUGGAUCUUCAGCUGUGUCUUCCACACCAGAGACUUUGCGCUGACAGAGAAACUGGAUUACUUUGGUGCUGGAGCUAGUGUGCUAUACGGCCUUUUCCUGUCUGUGGUGCGCGUCUUCCGCCUCGACAAGGAAACACCCAAACAUUCUAGUGUGCUCCGAGCAUGGAUUGGUCUCUGCAUCACCCUAUACAUUGCUCACAUUUCUUACCUCAGUUUCUGGCGCUUCGAUUACACCUACAACAUGGCUGCCAAUGUUGCAGUGGGCAUUGUGCAGAAUUUGAUCUGGAGUUGGUUUAGUGUGAGCAGAUAUCAAAAGACUAAAAGGAUGUGGGCGGCUUGGCCGGGUUUGAUUGUCGCGUGGGUUAUUCUUGCGAUGAGCCUGGAGCUGUUUGAUUUCCCGCCUUGGUGGGGUGCGGUGGAUGCGCAUAGUUUGUGGCAUUUGAUGACGGUUUUCCCAACGCUUUGGUGGUACAGCUUCUUGAUCAAGGAUGCGCAGGAAGACAUGCAGGGAAUGCGCCUCAAGGCGUAG